AUGGCUGCAACGGGUAGCGACCCCUCUGGGAAUCUGAACCUCGAGGUUCUUCAGGCGCUGGCUAAAUCAGACCCCGUUUUGUCGGCCGAGACCUUCCCUCAAGUUGCCUUCGAGGACAUGAAAGCUACACUCGACAGAUUAGGGUCCAGGUCCAUGAUCACAUACGAGCCAAUAGAGCGAGAAAAGGUCAUUCUCGAACCGGAGGGACAAGAGAUCGUGGCGAAGGGAAGCCACGAAGCGAGAGUCUUUGAAGCUGUGCGACAAGCGUUGGAGGGGCUUUCAAUUGCCGAUUUGGAAAAGGCUAUUGGGGACAAGACUGUGGUGAAGGUCGGUCAGGGCAAGGCGUUCAGGGAGAAGUGGAUCUCGAAAACCAAAGACAAUAAGCUUGUUGCUUCCAAAGAGUCGAUUACCGACGUUACGAAAGAACAGCUUCAGACAAUCCUAGAGACCGGAACGCACCCUGAUGCGAAAGUCAUCACGGAUUUGAGGAAGCGCAAGCUUCUCAAGACGCAGAAGGUCAUCAGUUUCAGAAUACACAAGGGCCCCAAGUUCGCGCUGGAGAUCACAAAGGAGGAGACAGACCUCACGGCCGAGAUGCUGGCAUCUGGUGCGUGGAAGACCGCAACCUUCAAACCAUACAACUUCAAGGCAUUGGGUGCCGAUCAGCACGCUGGAGCUUUGCACCCACUGAACAAGGUGCGGCAUGAAUUCCGCCAAAUCUUCUUCGAGAUGGGCUUCGAAGAGAUGCCUACGGACAAGUUCGUUGAGUCAGGCUUCUGGAAUUUCGAUGCACUCUUCGUGCCGCAACAGCAUCCGGCGAGAGAUCUCCAGGAUACCUUCUACAUUUCAGACCCCAAGCAGGCAAAGAGGCCUGGCCCAGUCGGAUCCGACGACAAGAAAGACUACGAGGCUUACUGGAAGAAUGUGCGUGAAGUUCACGAGACCGGAAAGUACGGAUCAAUCGGCUACAGAUAUCCGUGGUCAGAGGAAGAGUCCCUGAGGCUAGUCCUGCGAACCCAUACCACUGCCAUCUCAACAGCAAUGCUGCACAAAUUGGCCUAUCAAAAGGGCCCAGACGGCCGUCCACCUCCGGCACGAUAUUUCUCGAUUGACAGAGUGUUCAGAAACGAGUCAGUGGAUGCCACUCAUUUGGCCGAGUUCCACCAAGUGGAGGGUGUCAUUGCCGACUAUGGCUUGACGUUGGGAGGUCUCAUGGAGUUCAUGGAGAUCUUCUUCGGCAAGAUGGGCAUUCAUGACUUGAAAUUCAAGCCUGCUUACAACCCAUACACCGAGCCCAGUAUGGAGAUUUUCAGCUACCAUAAGGGGCUGAACAAGUUGGUGGAGAUCGGCAACAGCGGCAUGUUCCGUCCGGAGAUGUUGGAGUCUAUGGGCUUGCCCAAAGACCUGAGAGUGUACGGUUGGGGUCUAAGUCUGGAGCGGCCGACUAUGAUCAAGUACGGCAUCUCUAACAUUCGAGAGUUGCUUGGGCACAAGGUGGAUCUCAACUUCAUCGAGAGAAACCCGGCAGUGCGACUAGACAAGAACUAG